AUGUCCUCCGUCUCCAACACCUCCAACCCAUUCGCCUCCUCCUCCCCCUCCUCCGACCUCCCCAUCCCCAACCCCGCCCACCUCCGCGCCGUGCCCAUCACCGACCACAUCCCCGUCAAACUUUCCCUCACCGAGCCUAACUACCACGCCUGGAAAACCUACUACUUCCUCCUCUUCCGCGAGUACAACCUUCGGGAUCACGUUGAUGGCACCGCCGACCUGCUCUCCCGCGACACCGACUGGAUGGCGAUCGACGCCACCAUCAUCCGCUGGCUCUUCCUCACCGUCUCGCCGGACAUCGUCAAGACCGUCGUUCGCGAGGGCGAUGACGCUCGCACGGAAUUCUUCGGCACGCCCCAGGGCGAUCAGCCCCUCGACGCCUAUUGCCUCAGCCUCAAGGCCAUCUCCGACGAGCUACAGGACCUCAGGUUCCGCAUCGGCGAUGAGCUCCUCCUCUCCACCCUCACCGCCGGCCUCAACGAGGACCUCGGCAACGCCGCCUCCAACCUCACCCUCAAGACCAACCCCACCUUCGAGCGGGCGGUCGACUACCUCAAGCUUGAGGAACGCCGGCUGAAAGGAGUCCGCGCCAGUGCCAUCCACUCUGCGCUUGCCGCGGGGAUCGCCCCAGCCCUGGCGCCCGUGGCGCCCGUUCAUCAACAGGGAGGAGGUGGCGGUGGCCGCAAGCGCCGCCGUGGCCGCGGAGGCGGCCGCACCAACGGCGGCAACGGAGGAGGUGGUCCGCGCCCCGGCUACCCGCAGCCCACGCAGCCAUGGAGCGUGGGUCACAACCCCUGGACGGGGGUCGUGCACGCCUACUCCAUGUCAGUCCCUCGCCCCCUCGGUCCGCGCCCUCACUAG